AUGUCCAACUUGUCAUUCAAAUUAAAUCUCGUGCUCCUUGUCCCCGAGCUUCUCACUGCUAUCAUCUCUUACCUGCCAAAUCCCGAUCUCAAGAGUCUUCGUCUGACGUGCAAAGCUCUGGGCGAAGAAGUUCCUCUUCAUUUUGACAGGGUCUUCUUGUCUGCAAAUCCGCGAAACAUUGAAGUUGCACGAGCGAUUGCUGACAACGAAAACUUUCGCAAAGGAGUUCAAGAGAUUAUAUGGGAUGAUGCUCUACUUGUCCACGAAAUUGUGAGGCCUAAUGAAGCAAUUCAUUUGCUAGCAGAAUCUCCUCGGGCGGAAGAUGACCCUCCCACCUGGUUUAUACGAGCUUGCAAGGACAACAUUGAGAAUUUAAAAAAUCUCAAAAGAGACAGAAAAAGGCCAAAGACACGAGAGUUUUUGCCAUUUUCUGAAUCAUGGAGUUACUACGAGACGCUUCUAGAGCAGCAGGAAGAAGUGCUAAUAUCUGGGGCUGAUGUUAAUGCAUUAACGUAUGUCCUGGAGCGCUUUCAAUCACUACGAAGAAUUACUAUUACACCCGCCGCUCAUGGUAGUUUGGAUCGACCCCUUUAUGAAACGCCUAUGAUAAAAUCUUUUCCAAAAGGUUUCAACUAUCCAAUCCCACGCGGCUGGCCAUCUUCUGGACCAUUUGGGCUUUAUAUCUUGCCUCCAUGGAAUGAUGAGACUGCUAAGAAACAAUGGCGAGGGUUUUGUGUUAUCACCAACGUACUUGCAGGACGGAAUGACCACCAUAUCUCAGAGUUGAUCAUGGAUGUUAGAGAACUCUCAACAGGACUGAGUUGUCGUGUCUUUGAUGAACCAUGUGAGGAGUAUGACAAUCUUGUUCAUCUAAUUCGACAGCCAGGCUUCCGUCGCAUAGAUCUCGCCCUACUUGCUGAUGGACAGUAUUAUGAUGAUGACUGGUCAAGUUUCCGUAGUGGUCACUUGAAAAGAAUGUUCGAGGCGGCGCCCGACUUGGAUCAUGUUAGCCUCCGAAUAACGGCUGAUUACGGUCAAAUUUAUCCCGAUUUCGAGCAAAAUCGCAUUCCACUUCAAACCAUCUUCCCCGUUGAUCGAUGGCAGAAGCUUCAAUAUUUUGGUCUUUCAAAUUUCAUUGUAGAUGGGCCUGAUCUACUUUCCUUGCUCGGUGCGCUUCCGAUAACACUUCGAUUUGUUGAAUUAAGUUUUCUGGAAAUCGUCGGUGAUCGUGGAAACUACCGCGAUAUUCUUCUUGAUAUACGCGAUACUCUCGAUUGGCGUGACCGAGCUGCUAACGCAAGACCUAAGCUCAUAAUCCAUGUCCACGGAUCAAGCAUGCGAUACACUCCUAUGCGAUAUCAAUGUGUAGAUGACCAAGCGAACGGGUUUAUCUACGGCGACAAAGAGAACCCAUUUGGCGCCAGGUCAAACGGCAAUGCACUGAUACACAAGAUGGGCAUUGAGCGAUCUAACUUCGGGUGUUGUUCCCCUGAAUGA